AUGUGUGCGUCAGUCAAAUAUAACACCCGGGGUCCAGCCCUCAUCCCGAGAAUGAAGACCAAACACCGCAUCUAUUAUAUUGCCCUCUUCUCCAUUGUCCUGCUGGGACUUAUUGCCACAGGCAUGUUUCAGUUCUGGCCACACUCCAUAGAGUCUUCAAAUGACUGGACAGUUGAAAAGCGGAGUGUUCAUGAUGUACCUGUAGUCAAGAUUCCUGCAGACAGUGCCAUCCCUGAGCGUGGGGACCUCAGCUGCAGGAUGCACACGUGUUUUGAUGUUUACCGUUGUGGAUUCAACCCCAAAAAUAAGAUCAAGGUCUAUAUUUACUCUUUGAAGAAGUAUGUGGAUGAAUAUGGCAUGCCAGUCAGCCAUACAAUUUCCAGGGAAUACAAUGAACUGUUGACUGCUAUCUCUGACAGUGAUUUCUACACAGAUGAUGUCAACCGUGCUUGUCUCUUUGUACCAUCUAUUGAUGUGCUGAACCAGAACACUCUCCGUAUCAAGGAAACAGCCCAGGCUUUGGCACAGCUCUCCCGCUGGGAUCGAGGGACAAAUCACCUCUUGUUCAACAUGUUGCCUGGAGGAGCACCUGACUACAAUACAGCACUAGAUGUUCCAAGGGACAGAGCUCUGUUGGCAGGAGGUGGCUUUUCUACGUGGACCUACCGGCAAGGAUAUGAUGUCAGUAUUCCUGUUUACAGUCCACUGUCUGCAGAGGUUCCAUUGCCAAGUAAAGGACCAGGUUCCCGCAGGUAUUUCCUUCUGUCAUCUCAAAUGGCUCUUCAUCCUGAAUACCGUUCUGAAUUGGAAACUCUUCAAGCAGAGAAUGCAGAAUCUGUCCUGAUCCUAGACAAGUGUACAAACCUCUCAGAGGGAAUGCCUUUUAUUCGUAAACGUUGUCAUAAUAACCAGGUCUUUGAUUAUCCUCAGGUGCUUCAGGAAGCCACAUUCUGCAUUGUUUUACGUGGGGCCCGCUUGGGACAAGCUGUACUGAGUGAUGUUCUUCAGGCUGGUUGCAUCCCUGUUGUCAUUGCUGAUUCUUACAUUCUACCUUUCUCUGAAGUUCUGGAUUGGAAGAGGGCUUCUGUAGUGAUACCUGAAGAGAAGAUGUCUGAGAUGUACAGCAUUCUUCAUAGCAUACCCCAGCGACAGAUUGAGGAGAUGCAAAGACAGGCACGAUGGUUCUGGGAAGCUUAUUUUCAGUCAAUGAAAGCAAUUGCUAUGGCCACCCUCAAAAUUAUCAAUGACAGGAUUUAUCCCUAUGCUGCCACAUCAUAUGAAGAAUGGAAUGACCCCCCAAUAAUUAAAUGGAGCAGUGUGAGUAAUCCACUCUUCCUUCCCUUGAUCCCACCUCAGUCACAAGGCUUCACUGCUAUUGUCUUGACCUAUGAUCGUGUGGAGAGUCUCUUUCGCGUCAUCACUGAGGUCUCAAAGGUGCCAAGUCUCUCCAAGCUGUUAGUUGUGUGGAACAACCAGAAUAAAGUUCCACCAGAAGAAACUGUUUGGCCCAAAGUUCGAGUUCCAUUAAAAGUUGUACGGACCACAGAAAACAAACUGAGUAACCGCUUCUUCCCCUAUGAUGAGAUUGAAACCGAAGCAGUGUUGGCAAUUGAUGAUGAUAUAAUCAUGCUGACCUCUGAUGAGCUGCAGUUUGGUUAUGAGGUGUGGAGAGAGUUUCCUGACAGAUUAGUUGGCUAUCCUGGUCGCCUCCACCUGUGGGACCAUGAAACAAGUAAAUGGAAAUAUGAGUCAGAAUGGACCAAUGAAGUUUCAAUGGUGCUGACAGGAGCAGCAUUUUAUCAUAAGUAUUUUAACUAUUUGUACACAUACAAAAUGCCAGGGGACAUCAAGAACUGGGUGGAUGCUCAUAUGAAUUGUGAAGACAUUGCCAUGAAUUUUCUAGUUGCCAAUGUCACCGGGAAAGCAGUCAUUAAGGUGACCCCCAGAAAGAAAUUCAAAUGUCCAGAAUGUACAGCCAUCGAUGGGCUAUCGCUAGACCAGACACACAUGGUAGAAAGGUCUGAAUGCAUUAACAAGUUUGCCUCUGUCUUCGGGACUAUGCCUUUGAAAGUGGUGGAGCACCGGGCUGAUCCGGUCUUGUACAAAGACGACUUCCCUGAAAAACUGAAAAGCUUUCCUAACAUUGGAAGCUUGUGAAGAAUAGCUGUUAUCAAAAUUGGAUUGGACGACACUGAGCUCCAAUUCAGAAAGAGGACUGAUGCUAAGGAAAGCAUCGCGCUUUAGAGAAAUGUGCCAGGAUGUGUUACUCCGAGAAGUCACAGAGACAGAUCUCCAUUCCUGGUAUGACUCAAGCACAAGACUCUUCAAAACAUGGCAAAGUAGCGAUCUCUGUACAGUCUCAAAGCGAACACUGCUAUUUUCCACUUGGGUCUACUGAAAUGGCAGGCAGCUGUUUGUUCCAUAGAAAUUACAAUAUUUCUUUUCUAAAGUCGCUGGUUAUCACUGAAAUCUUUUACGUUUUAAAACCAGGGCAAGGGUACAUUGCUAACUUCUUUUCAGGCUUCUCCCUGUUUUGCACAGAACUCGUCUGCCUCUUCUGCACACAGUUGACUUACUUGCCUCCUUUGAGAGCCAAGAUUAGCAUUGACUUUACGACAAGUUUGCCAGACUUUUUGUUCAGUGAGGUACAAAAAGAAAGAUAUUGUAGCAUUUGUUGGAUUCAUGUUCUGAUUACCAAAAUGCAAUUUUGGUAGUAUAAAAUAUCAUUCCAACUUCCCUUUAUUGAAUAAACUUGUUCAUUUCUUGUUUUCUGUCAUCAUAGAGGAGAGGGACGCAGUUUCACACUUGGUUAAUGUCUCAUUCCCAUUUCCUUACUAUAGUGGAAUCAUGUUCAGUUCAGAUAAUAUGAUCAGUGCAUACAUGUAGCAUUUAAAGAAGUGGUGCUUAUACUUCAGAUUUUUUCUGUCAAAAAAUGAUCUGCAGAUUCUGAAAGCUGUUUCUGGAAGGAGUUUCUAUCAUUCACUUGGAUUGGGUAUGUGUGCAAUACACUGACAGGUAAUAGAAAUAAACUGUUCUAAUCUUUUUAUCUUCUGAAUGUUACAGUGGUUUCCUGUUUAGAAUUAAGUGCCACAAGAUAACUAAAACCCAUUAAAUAAGUGAUUGAUGGUAAAGUAAACUUGAAAGCUUUGAAGAACAUGUUCUGGGAAUGAUGAGAGGGACAUAUUCUUACAUUUCAAAAUCCACUGUCCCAUCUCACCCUCUGAAAAAGAGUUUAUUGUGAAUUGAGAAUAGCUCACAUAUAAUAAUUGAAAUAACGCAACACCAUAUGAGAUGGACUGAGACACACAAGAUCUCUAAGCUAUCCAAAACUCUUAAUCAGAUGUGUGGACCUACACUUUUCUUCCUUUGGCUAGGACAACCUUACUAUAAAUAAACUAUAAAUAAAAGAUGUUUAUUUCUUAUUAGUUUAUUUCUUUACCUUUUAAGUGGAACAAUCAAAUAUUUUCUUGCUACAUAAGCUGAAUCAUAUCUAGAAUAAGAAAGGAUUUCCCUCUUUGCAUCAGAAUUAUGCUAUUCCAAUUGAAUUAAGGGAAUACACUUUUUGAGGCCCGGUCAGCUUUUGUUGUCAGAAGUUAUUUUCCCACUAAUUGUACAUAAUUAUUUGGGGGCAUACCAGGAAUCUUAAUAAUUCUCUUCAUUUGAGCCUGAAUGAAUUAAGUUGAUAAACACCACAGACCUCAAGCCAGAGACAGGAAAUACUACCUGGUAAAAAGUGUUCUUGCUGCUGAUCAAACACUAGCUUUAAUGGGAUGUUCCAAUUCAAAGUGUUCAGGAAUUAUUUACAAUGCAGAUCGUCUAGUAUUUUAUGGAAGAGUGUUUAAUAACACAUUUUGUUCUAAUGCUGUUUUUAGAUCACAACCUUCACUGUACUUUUGGCUAAAAAAAAUUGCAGUGCAUGGCAAACAGAUGACACAACAUCAGGGUCUUUCUUGUGAAAUAUACAGGCUUCUUGUAUCAGAAUCUGGUUUGAGUGACACUUAUUACUGCAACCCAUUUGAAAUCUCUCCCAUGUGAAAGAAUGAGCAAGAAGCUCUGUCCUCUUGGUAUGAAAUGUUACAUUUUUGAUCAGUGAAAGCUUCAUUGCAACAAUUUUGUUGUUGAGGGUACACUAUGGUCAAUUGACUCUAAUUGUACUGUUCUAUAUGCCUUUUCAUUUCUUGGGAUAACCAUGCAUACACCCUUAACAUUUUAUUUGUACGCUUUAAUGUUCUACAGCCCUGAAUAUGUGAUUUCUCUUAUUUUAAAUCUUGAUAUAAUCAGCCAACUCUAGGAUUAGUUUGUAUUUCUGCUCAGCCUCAUACUUUGCCCUUAACGCUGCUCACUGGAUGGUUUUACCUUUUCAUCUUCAAAAUUAUGCCAUCUUCCUUGUUUCUGUGUUUUGCCAAUGCCACCCACAGUACCUUCUUUUUAAGCACUUUGGUUGUGCAGUUAUUUAAAAGCUUGUAGGAUGAACAUCAGUACUGUACAAAAUGACAGAUAGUUGUUCCAUUUGGUACAGUUCCUUUUUUGUGGGUCCUUGGUAUCUGCUAGUGUUUGGCGUCAGCACACAAACACUCCAAUACCAAAAUCCAUGGAUUCUCCAAGCCCCAUUGUAUAUAAUGAUAUAAUAAAGUGGAGUCCCUUAAUUAAAUGGCAAAUUCAAAGUUUACUCUUUGAUUAAAAAGAUGUAUAUUUUCAAGCAGUGAGUGGUUGAAUCUGUGAAUACAGAAUCUCUGGACAUUGAGGACCUACUGUUCAUUGUUUUGAAUUUGUCAUACAAACUUACCUAAUCUACUUCUCUAUCAGUCACUGGACUAGGAAGGAUCAAAAUGAUCCUAUACUAUUAAGAACUAUUCAGUGUGCCUUAAACGGAAAAAAAUCCCUUGUUUGAGUUUGCCCUUUUUUCCAGAAGAGUUGUUAUGCCAAUAUAGUAUUAAGCUGUGAUUUGUCCUGACCCCAAUCUUUACUACAUUGCUGUUAUUUCUAGAGUCAAAGUAUACAUUACUGGGUGUGUAAAUAUAUCCACAUCCAUAGACCAGGAUAAUAUCAAAUUUUCAGUAAAUGGAGUUGUAGUUGUCAAAUGGAAUCUGAUGGUUUAGAACCAUUUUGCAAAGGCUGUCUUUAAGAUGUGUACCUGUGUUAUUUUAAACAUACAUCGCACAAGCAUGUAAAACUGUAAUACAGUAAACGUGUUUUACUUCUGUCAGAAACUGCAAUUAGCUGCAAUAUUGAAAAAGAGUAUUCAGCAAAAACUGAAAAAAUCAGCAAAAAAAUCUGAAAUAUCUACUUCUACCCAUCUAAAAUCCUGAAGAAUUAAGUGAAUGGGUACACUAUUGAUGCUCUUUGCUAAUAUAAAGAAGCCUCAUUGAAUGUCCCCUUUUAAAAUAAAAUCAGAUAAGUGUCCUAAAGCAUUUCACUGUACUUUUAUACUGCGAACCUUAAAAAAAAUCUAAGCGUUUCCAUUCUCUAAUAGAGAUUUUGUCUUUAUCAGCAUCUAUGAUUGUGAAACCAUUUUCUUUAAAAAACAAAAAAUAAAAUAAACAUAGAAUUUCUAAAAAUAAA